AUGCUAAUAAUUGCUGUUGCUGGACUUGGAGAUGUAGCCAAAUAUGUGGUGGAAGAACUUAAUGCACUUAAUUCAUCUACUCGACCUGUAAAAAUUGUUUUAUUAAGUCGAGAAAAUCGUCCUUGGUUCAAUCAGCAGCCAAACACUAUAUUUCGUAUUACUGAUUAUUCAAUUACAUCAUUGACAAAACAUCUUACUGACGUUGAUGUUCUCAUUUCUUUAGUUCAUUCCAAUGAACGAUUUUACAAUGAUGCUCAUGAAGCUAUGAUUGCUGCUUGUAAAGCAUCAUCACGAUGUAAACGAUUCAUUCCAUCCGAAUGUGGAGGUGACAUCGAAAGAUUUCCACAACAUCCUGAGUUUUACGUACCUACACAUGGUGCAAUACGUAAAUUGUUAGAAGAACAGAAUGAAAUUGAAUAUACAUUAUUCAAUCAAGGAUGGUUUAUGGAUUAUUUUAUUUCUGCUGAUCGAUCUUAUAUGAAACGUAUUUUACCUGUAUGGCCAUUAGAUCUUGAAAAGGAAACGAUUCGAAUUCCUGGUACUGGUGAAGAACCAGUUACCUUUACAUCAGCUCGUGAUACAGGAAAAGCUUUAGCUCGUCUUGCAACAUCAGAUAUAGAAUGGGAAAAAUAUACUUACAUUGCUGGUGAAACAACAACUUGGAAUAAAGUAGUGAAACUCAUCGAAAAGAUUUAUCCUGAUAAAAAAUUAAAAAUUACAUAUAAAACACUUGAAGAAUUAGAACAAGAUCGUACUAAACAUUUACAUGAUAAAGAUCCGACUGAAUUAUGGCUUGCUUUUAUGGAUCUAUGGAAUGCUACUGGAGCAAGUGCAGUACCAAUGGAAAAAGUCGAACGACAAAGAAAGAAAUAUUUUGCUGAUAUUCAUUUCUCAAACAUUGAAGAAUUCAUCAAAACUGCUGAGAAAGUGAAUCAUGUCGUAUGA